GCUGCUGAGCCGGUGUCCCCAACCUGUAUUCCCCGCCGCCUCAGCCCCAGCUCCAGCCAAAAACGGGUCGCCGCCGACGCCGCCGCCGUUUCUCUCAGCACCUUUGACUCUCCUGGCGCUCCUCCCAUACAAGUACCACCCCCAAAAUCCUAUCCUUCGUCCCUGCAUAUUCCCCACAAAUCUCCCAAGGGAAGCUGGUUCUCGACGUCACUCCGCCGCCAGUGUAUCCGUACUCUCCUCGUUCCAAGAAGGAGGAGCCUGCAGCCGGCAUGGUUACUCUAAGGUGCGGUGGAGGCGCCGCCGCCUACCUGGUGGCCCAGAGAAUAACGUCACCUCAGAACGGAGAUGGCCGCAGCACCGUCCUUUCCGUGCGCGCCGGGAUUGGGGAGCUUCCCAUCAGGGCUUCUUCGUCACCGUCCUCACCGUCUCCACGGACAGUUCGCUGUUACGCUGGCCCUUCUCCUCGCGUGAAGAGGCGUUGCUUCCAGAACAGGGGAGUGCCUGAGGGAUGGGAGGCGUUGAAGGCGGCGGCCGCCGACAUGUUCCGGCCCCUGCGCCUCAACCUGUCUGACAUGCGCUCCAUCAACACGGUGUACGACCUCACGGACUACCAGAUUGGGAUGCUCUAUGGUGCGAUUGCUGGAUGCAUUGGCUGCCACCAGCUGUGGAAGGCGGCCCCUCCUAUCUUUGUUGAUGCUGCACUUGGUUACAUCAUUUACAAGCUCAGCGUCAUUGCCUCGGAGCUGCAUCGGCAGCGCAAAUCCAACAGUUUGAUUACCCGACUGCAAUUUGGGUUCAUACUUUUCAUGGUCCUCAAGGAUUUCCAUAAAAAAUACGUACUUCUCGAUGCUAUUAGGAUGCCACUUUUCCUUCUGUACCUUGGUGCAUUCAUGUUUGACGUGGUGGGAUUGAAGAAGUAUGGGAGGCGUAUUCUGAUUUCUUUUGUUAAUCUACUGAAAAGGAGAGGUGGAAUUGAAGAGAUAUUCAGGAUUGUGUGGUGGCGUGGCUACGUUUCUCCAUAUGAUGACUACUUUGGCCAGAGAUAAGCCCUGGGGGUCUCUAUUCUGAGGUUUCCAUGAAAAAUUCAUGUAAGCCACAUGUGGAAGUUCUGGAAGUUAUUCAAAAAAUAUCAAAUGUAGGGGAGAUGUUACAUAAACCUGUGACAUGGUGACUUCCGGCCUAUCUUGGACCAGCCACCAAGCAAGCUCUUGGGCUGGAGAGCUAAAUUGCUUACCAAAGGAGGCAAAUUGGUAAUUGUGAAAUUGGUAAUGUCUCCAGCACCUAUUCACAUUGUCCUGGCGGUUGAUCUUGGACAAGUUCGUGAAGGGUGUGUUUCUCUGUUCGAUCCAGCAUCUGCUUUGUUUGGUGCUUGUUUCUCGGACUAUCACAUGUUUCGCUUGAGACGUGG